AUGUCGAUGAAGACGAAGAUCAAGCUGUUUUUCGGCCCCACGCGCCAGUACUUGGUCGCCGGCGCCUCCAACAACCCCACCAAGUUUGGCUACAAGAUCCUCAACUGGUACCUUGCCCACGACCUCAACGCCAUCCCCAUUAACCCGCGGGAGGAGGUGAUUCUCGACCAGAAAGUGGUCCCCCUGAUCACCGAGGUGUUGAAGGCGCUUAAGCAGCACCAGGACUUGGCGGGGUACCCGUUGUCGGCCAGCGACGGGGUGUCGAUCUCGUUUUUGACCCCGCCCAAGAUCACGGUGGCGACGUUGGACGAAAUUGCCAAGGUCGACGGCUACCGCGACUUGGUCAGGGGUCUCUGGUUCCAGCCGGGGUCGUACAACCAAGAGGUCGUCGACAAGGCCGAGCUGUUGGGGCUUUACGACAUUGUGGUGUACGAGGACGAGUGCAUCUUGGUCCGGGGCGAGGAAGGGAUGUACAGCGCCAACUUGUAA